AUGCAAUAAAAGGAAAAAAAAUUUGAACCAAUAAAAAUGCCUAUCAAAGCAAAAGGAUUAGCAGAUGCAUAAGUUUAAAAAUAGAUUACAACAGACAAACAUCCUCAAAAGAAAAUAUAAAAAGUAUAUAACAAUAUUAGAUUAGCAAUAAUAAAUUCCUUAAUCAGAAGAAAGAAUAGAAUUUUAGGGUAAAGUAAAUAAAGAAUCAAUUGCUGCAGAGAUAUUGUGUAAUACUUAUUUAUAAUUCAAAAGAAAAUGGUUAUGUGUAAUCCUAUGCUGAUUUCUUUUAUGUGACUAAUGAAACUGUCCCAAAAUUAUUUUAUUAGCCAUCAGGAAUUUCAUUAGAGGAACAUUUUUCAAAUCAUAGAAGUAUUUUGUGUAUAGAAAUUAGUUCAUCAAAAAUAUAUUAAUUAAGAUGAAGAAUUCUUAUUGGAUUUAAAAAAAAGAUUAUAGAGCGCUGAAGAAAAUGCUAAAUACGAAAAACCAGACAAAACUUAAGCAUUGAAUGAAUAUUUAAAUUUGGCUGAAUUCUUUUUUACUGAAUAUCAAGAUUAUAUAGUAGCAGCUUAUUUUUAUAAAAGAGUAAUAUAGAUAUCAAGAUAAUAUACUGUAAAAUACUUAUUAAUAAAAGGAAGCUAAAGCGGAAGGAAAAGGUAAAUUAGGUUAUGCAAAAUGCCAUUAUUAAGUUGGAUUGAUAGAUUAAGCAAUAUAGAUUUUAGAGGAAAGCAUGAAAUAAUGUGAAUAAUUAUAGAAUUUGGAUUCAGUAGUUGAAUAGAUGUCAACAGAAUUAAUCAAGAUCUAUAAUAGAAUGGCCUAGGAAUAUGAGAAAGGAGAUAAUGAUCAAAUAGCAUAAUCAUUAAAAUAUUAUGAUAAAUGUAGAGAGGCUGCAUAAAAAGCUGGAGAUUUAGAAUCAGAAGGAGUUAUUUGCAAUAAAAUUGGUGGUUUGUAUUUCAAAAUGUAGAAUAUUUAAAAAAGUAUAUAAUAUCAUCACAAAUUUUUGGAAAUUGUGAAAUAGUUACAUAAAGAAGUAUAAAUAGUAAUAUCUAUUUAAGGAUUCAAAAUAAAAAGAAAUGGAAGCACAUUCAUCUUUGGCUUAAUGUUAUUUAAAGAAAGGUGAUGUAGAUGAAGCCUAAAAGCAUUUAGAGAGUUAUUAUGCAUUGGCAAAAGAUUAAAAAUUAUAUAAUUCAUAAUCAGAUGCUGCAUUGCAUUUGGCUAAACUCUAUUAGAGCAAAGGAAACACUGCUAAAUCAUUGGAAUAUUUCUAAUAACACUUUGAUUGUGCUAAAUCAGAGAAACCUGAAUAAAAGAGUAGAAAAUUGAUUGAUAGAGCUAGAGUUACUUAUGGUAUUGCAAAAGCAAAUGCUUUUAUGGGUAUCAAUUAUUGUAUAUAAAUUUAGAUAAUUACAUUAAAUUAGUAGCAAAUAGUGAUAAAAACUUAAAAGCCUUACUAGAUUGGAAAUCAAAAAGGGAUAAAUGAAAAUGAUAAAAAC